CCCGCGCGUUUCCUUUUCUCUGCAAAAGAAAUGGGCGCAAGCGAACAAGAUACUGUAAUGGCAGACUCCUCCAACGAUCAAUCACUGAAGCUAGCAGUUGCUAUUUCCCUUCUCCGAUCAAAGAUCCUCGAGAAGCAGCCUCCUCCGUCCUGUCCUCCAUCCGAAUCCGACGCUCUCCGGUGGAAACGAAAGGCAAAGGAGCGAAAGCAAGAGCUUCUGAGACUCAGAGAAGAUCUGAAGGAAGCUGAAGAUGCUUCGCAGUGUGAUCUCUUCCCGCAAAGUGCUUCCUGCAAGUGCUUUUUCUUUGAUAGUUUGGGGAAAUUUAGCUCUAAGCCAGAUGGAGAUGCUUCUGAUUGCAGAUUCAAUGAUGUGCUUCGCCGCAGAUUUCUUAGACAAGUUCGAUUUAUGGAAAGAAAGAGAGCAUCUGGUUCAGCUACAAAACGGCAUUAUUUAGAUUUUAACAGUGAGGAUGAAUUAGAGCAGCUGAGAGCCGCUGUUGAUUUUCUUGUGGAACUUUGUGAUACAACUCCUGUCAAGGACUCUAAAUUUACAAAUUGGUCUCACCAAGCUGUGGACUUCAUUUUAGUAUCUUUGAAGAAUCUGUUAUCAAUGGGCAAGAACCCGGAACUCAUUGAAGGAAUUAUUAACAGCUUAAUUAUGCGUUUGGUUAGAAGGAUGUCUUCCCCCUCAACAGAAUCCUUUCAAGCCAUCGCUGAUUCCCCAUUCUACAUUCAACACACAAUCCGUAAGCUUGGAAGUGAGCCAUUCAUUGGACAGCGUGCAAUACUUUAUGUUUCUCAAAGAAUAUAUGCCCUCACAGAAAGUUUGCUGUUCUCGGAUCCAUUUGAGGAAGCUUUUCCUACAAUGCAUGAGUGUAUGUUUUCAAUGAUCCAGCUUAUUGAGUUUUUGAUAUCCGACUACCUUUCAACCUGGUCACAGGAUGAAGGCUUUGACAACAUUCUCUUUGAAGAGUGGGUGACAUCAGUUCUACAUGCACGGAAAGCUGUCGAACUUCUAGAAAGCAGAAAUGGUCUCUAUGUGCUAUACAUGGACCGGGUAACUGGGGAAUUGGCUAAACUAAUCGGCCAGGAGAAACCUCAUGUUGCUCCAUUUAGAAAUUAUUUCCACUUGCUUACAUGUCUCAUAGACUCAAUACUCUGCUUCUCCAAUUCUAUAAGCUUGAUCUUGAAAUCAAUCAGACGUGACACCCCUGAAAUUGGUUCUUGCUUUCUCCCUUAUCACCGUCUUCUUGUUCUCUCAAUCGCCUCCUGCUUCAGCUCAUCAGGAAGGCAGUCUGGUUCCAUCCGGUCAGCAGCCUUCUGUGGGCACAGAAAAAUUGGCAGCUGACAGGGACACGGAUUCCUUUGGAAACAGGAAGCUCCGGAUUUGCAUGAGGAAGAGAAUCCGCCCCAGUGGAAUAGGAACUCGUGGCAGAACAUCAUCGGCUGUGCGAAUCCGAUUGUCUUCCUUCCAUGUUGCUUCUGUUCUUGGUUAUUCGUUCUUCUUUGCUUUCCUCCUAUUGUAAUAUCCCCUUUUUCUUUUUCCUUUUAGUGAAUUGUGAGAUAAGGAAGUUAGUAUAUUUGGGUAUGGUGAAGGUAUAAAUUUCGAAUCCUAAAAUUAAGAAAUUUAAGUUACCAGU